GUAAGAUGGCAUCAAUGUACUGAAUGGAAACACACUUGUACCCUGUGAACAGACAUGCCCCAAACAGUGCUCCUUAAGUUAUUUGUGGCAGUAGCGAUCACAUUCAUUUUAAUUUUGCCAGAAUAUUUCAAGACACCACAAGGAACAACACUGGAGCUAUCCUGUCUGGAAGUGUGUGUACUCUCUAAUUUCACAUAUUCACUGUCUUUAAAUUUUUCUUCUGUGACUUUCCUGCUACCAAUAAGGGAAAACCAGACUCUUAUGGGAAUCUUUCCAAAAUAUUCCAAUUUCCCAAAUGUCACUAAGGCUUGCCAAAACAUCACAAGUAAAUUUACAACGUGCUCCCUGUAUUUGGUUUGUGAAUCCAAAGGAAACAAGGAUUUCGUUUCUAAGGAACAAUUGUCAAAAGGUCUUAUCACAAAAGGAUCAAUGGCAGUAAAAGACAGUGACUUUUAUGCACCUUGUCAACAUUUUAAUGUCACCCUAACACCUAUUGUUGACAACUUGGAAGAAUAUAACACAAGCUGCAACCUAAAAACUCACACUGGAACCACAACAAUUAUGGAGAAGGAGCCAGCCCAGGAAGAGUCCUUAAACCAUACUUGUAGAACUGUGGAAUAUGCUGACAAUUGUAUUCACAUUUAUUUGCAUCUAGAAAUGGAUGUAAAAAAUGUCACUUGCGCCAUGAAGAUCACUUGGUACAUUUUAGUUCUAUUAGUUUUCAUACUUUUGAUCCUCUUCAUUAUCUACAAAGUACUUGAAGGUCACAGAACAGGCCGGAAGUGGCAGAGUGAUAAUUGCAAGUCUAUGGCUGGUCUCUUUGGAGGAGGUGAUUCUGAGAAACGAAGGGCGUUGACUGCGUGGGUUAUUCCAGCAGAAUCCACACAGAGGCUAACCUUGGCUGGGGUCAAGGAAAUACUUCCUCCCAUCCCAGAACUAGAAGCUACUUCCUCAGUAGAUCAGGAAGAUCUGCACACAUGACUAUCGCUGGGCAAUCUGGACUAAACCUCAUGAAGAGCACGCAUCCAGUUUUAUUUUGGGAGUGAGGGGGCUGGUAACUGAGGACCAUGUGAAGAUGCACAAUAGGGCAGCAGCAAGGAUGGCAACUAGCUGAUGAGAAGCAGCUGGAGAACAUGCAUUUGACCCAGGAGAUGAAGAAAACGAGUGUUUCAAGGGAUGGAAUGAGUCAUGGAAAACAGCUGAGAAAACCCAUGGGAAAAGCAAGACAAUACUAAUUCCCCUUUUAUUCUAUCAUUGUAAAGCUAAGAGUGGACUCACAGUUUUAAUUUUGUGUGUAUGUGAGUGUGCUGGCCCUGAAAGUGUAGGCAUGGUCCCUGAGUGUUUGUGUUCAAGGCUAACAUUAUACUAUUGAGCCAUAAUUCUAAUUCUGGUGGGUUUUUUUG